UUGACCAGACCCGGGAUCGAACCCGGGCCGCCGCGGUGGGAAGCCAGCGACUAACCGCUUGAGCUGUGGCGCAACCAAUUAUUGUACAUGGUUUCUCCUUGAAAUUUUUGAGUGCAGUAAUGAAAGGAGGACAGAUGAUGCACUUUGAAAGAGUCUGAAGAAAGACAGACCAGUUUUUUGAGUGAAAUCAGAACAUUUCAUGAAUCAUCUCAUAAACUUGUAUGUGAAUUCAAUUAUGUUUAAUUAUAACUCUGUAAUAUAACCAAUGCGUAGAUAUGUACAUUAUGUCCCAUUCAUGCCUUGAAUGCACAGUAGUCCUAUAUUUAUUUGAACUUCCGUAUGACGCCUAUGCACUUGAAUCUCGUAUGACACAAAUGUUCUGGUGUCUAUCUGCAUUUGCAGAAGAAAGAAAACAUUUGCUGCCAUAAAGGUUUCCAUUCCUGAUUGAUUGGGUCUGAAUAGUUCUUUUGAUGAUGCAAAUUUACAUCUUUGUGUGUGUAUGUGUGUGUGCAUUUGGUGUACCUAGGUUAGAAUGAAAACUUUACAACAGAAAAAUCCUUCCUUACUAAUAAGAAAAGUUUUAGCAAUAUGUCUUAAUUCAUGUACAGGGUAUUAUGGCCUAGAUAAAAUAGGUAACCAAUUAUAUUUUUGUAAAUUGCAGUUACAUUUUUUGCUACUGUGAAUAUAGCCUCUUUCUAAUUGAAAUAUGAAUGAGAAGAAGAGGGAGAAGAGCUAUUCAGUUUUACCAUGUGUAAUUUAGUUCCAUACUGUUUUUAUAAUGAUUACAGUUGGUAUUUAGAUUGUAACAGUUGACUCACAGAUACACAGGAGUCAAUGUUGCCUUAACCAUGACUGCUGCAUACAUUGAUACAAAGGCUGUGUUCCUUUAAUUACAUUUUCAUAUAUUAUGAACGUGCCAAAUAUAAUAGAAAGUAAUUAAGUUAUAUAUUAGUUCUUAUGAGAAUUCAGAAUGAAAGUAGUAUAAAUUUGGAAAGAAAGAAAGUCAUUUAGCAUUGUGUUCUUGUUCUACCACAUGCAGGAGCUGUGAAUAAUUUCAGGGUUCAAUUGUCAUGGGGUUAUAUAUCAAUAUUAUGGCAGACAAAACUGGAGUCUUGAUACGGAUGAGUGAUUUCUUUUUCCCUUAUUACCUUAUAUAAUUAUGAACUUAAGAAAAUGGCUGUCUUGACAGAAAAGAAGUUGUUAUAUACUGUUGCAUUCCUGGAUUUAUUUGCAUGCAGUCUGAUUGUGCCUGUUUUGGCUCCAUAUCUGAGAUCUCUAGGAGCCUCCCACUUCACCAUUGGAAGUUUGAUGUCUCUGUAUUUUGGACUGCAGCUGAUUUCCAGUCCAGUUAUAAAGAAUUGCAGUGGUGCUAAGAGUCGGCUCUUCAUAUUGCAGACUACACUCCUUGCCUGCUCUGUCUUUUAUUUUAUUUUGGGCACAACAAGUGUUCUUCCAGUUGUUUUCCUCUGCAGGGCUCUAUUAGGAAUGUUUAAACAUACUCAGACCUUAUGUGGAAGCAUGCUUGCUGAAGUUUUGCCUCCUGCAGAACAGUUGGAAAUGCAGAAGACGUUGACCUCCUUUGGAACCUUUGGCUUUGUAGCAGGACCAGCCAUUGCUGGUAACAUGCUGGAACUUCAUCGUGGAUAUCAACGUGUGUGUUACAUUAUCACCGUCAUCUUCUUAAUCAAUUUUGCAAUUGUGUAUAUUUUCCUUCAAAAUUCCGCACAUGAACGUAGAAAUGAAGAAGGUGACAAUGCUAUGAAGUUAAAGACAUCAAGUCCAAAUGUGAAAAGUAAGAAGAACAUGGAGUCCAUGUCAUCUAUAAGGAAGGCUAAAGAACAUGACAUUAGAAGAAAGAGAGUGUCAGAAGAGAUUUUGCAGUCGGUGACAGAUCUGUUAUGUAUCAAUUGGACGUUUUACUGGGAUGUAUUUGCCCUUAAAUUUCUGUUUGACUUCACACAAACUGUACAUCUAAUGAAUUUUGCACCUGUUCUGAGAGAUGUGUACAACACUGCUCCGAGAUGGAUUGGCUACACAGUAGCAUUGCAAGGCAUGGUUGGAACUAUGUCUAGCUUUCUGAUUGAAUGGAUUAGUAUAUUCUAUAAAUACGACACAAACUACACUCAGAGGGGAUUACAUGGUUUUGGCCUUUUUGCACUUUCAUUUUUAUGCCUUAGUCUUGCUCCCAAUUGGACUUACAUGUUUAUUUUUCUUUUACCUCUAAGCAUGUCCAUGUCUUUGCUUAAAUCAGCAACAGCAGAAAUGAUGAGGCAGAGGACUGUACUUGACAAGAAAAUGCCGAUAACAGGAUUGGGACAAAGCGUGUUCUCUGCAGCACGUCUGUUUGCCCCAGUUUGUACAGGCCUGAUAUAUGACAUGUAUGGCUUCCAAGGGACAUCAGUACUAAAGAUAGUGGCAGCAGGAAUAGCAACAGCACUUUCCUAUUUCAUUUUCCUACGCCAGGUGCAGGAUAAGAAGAAAAUGUGAUGUGUUACAUAGUUGACAAUGACUACACCUAUGAGUAAGGCUACAACGAUGAUGAUAGUGACAACAACAAUAAUAAUAACUUUCUGAAAUAUUUACUGCUGGAAGCAGUAUCAAAUUCUGGCUCAGAUCAGAUUCAGUUCUAUGACCACAUACACAUGGGUCCAGCAUGCCCUUAUUUUUGGACUAUAAACUUAUAUUUCUUAAGUAUAACAUUACCAGUGCAGAAUUUGUAGUACUGGAUGCCUAUCCAAUAGGGAAUUAAGCAGGAUGAAUUUUAUCAGAACUUCAUGUUAUGCUAUUUUAAGCUUACAGUAAAUGACUGUCCAUCUACUAAGAUGGAAAUUCAUCCACCUUCUGAAUUUUAUGCAUAUUUUGUGCACACAGUAGUCAGCAUAUUCAUGUUGUACUACUUGACCUUUUUAGAUGAUUUUUAACUUCUGCACUGAUCAGAUGAUCAAACAAGAGAGUCUAGUUAACAAUGACAAGCAUCUGAUGUCGUAUAACCCAGUAGUAAAGAGACAGACUCCUGGUAGUCGCUAUGCAAGGGUAGAAUGCUUGGGUUUUGCACUUUACUAAUAACAUGUUUCAUCACCAGUGAUGACAAGAUCCAAAAAAUUAUCUUCUUGAAACUGUUCCACAAGGUCCGUACACACAGUGAGAUGUUUAUCAUUUUGUUCCUCCUCCAAGUUUUGCGGCAUGAGCUUCAGUGCUAACUUUCUCAUGCGAAGAUCAUGUACUGAAAUUUUUCUAACAGUCUCUUCGCUCAUAUAAAGCUCAUCAGCUAUCAUCCUGCAAGUUAACUGGCAGUCGUAUCACACAAGUGCCCUGAUUUUUGUGACUUUUUCAUCUUCUUAUGGGAGUACCUUGUUCACAUUUUCUCUGCCUCUUCUGAAAUGUUUAUGCCAUUUAAAAACGUUAUUCUCGCUUAUAGUAGAUUCACAAUAAACUAUCUUUAACAUGGCUAAAUUAUCACUAGGAAAUUUCUGCAGUUUAACACAGAAUUUAACUUUCACUCUCUGUUCCAUAAUACACUGCAUUUUCACGUCUGGACAAAGUCUACACACAGUGAUCUUAUAAGCUACCGUUCAGUGCAUACUGAGUUCAGUUUAUCCAGAUGAUCCAAACCUUUUAUUUGAACUCUAUUUUCUUGGAUCACCUAACAUUCCAAGUAAGAGUGUUGCCAGAUCACCCAAUGCAAAAUUAAAAAUGAGCCUUGAAACUUAAUGCCCGACCUUGUAUACAUAUCUAAAAUUAAGAAAUAUUUCAACAAAGUUCCUUCUUACUGCCAUACAAUACAGCUAACAAUGUAUAAAAAUAAACGAACCCAAUAAUCAUAUUCUGUCAAUUAACAUAUCAUAUAUUCAGCUCUCUUUUAAAUUGCCCUAUUUUUUUCCACUUCCCUAAUGUUAUUUGAUAUUUUAUUAAAAUAAAAUAGUUUAAAAUAUAUUAGGUUAAAUUUAAUUUUGAUUUUAAAUUAAGUUAAAGAGAAUAAAGUAGAAUAAAAUUGAUUAAUUAUUAUUGAUAUCAAUUAAAUUUUAUCUUGUAGCUUUUAAAUACUGUAUGGCGAAUAUGGCCUUCCCUUAAAACUUAUAAACAUUAACCAAUGUAGGGGAAUAACAACAGAAAAAGCAGAGUGUUAAUGUACAGUGAUUUACAAUUAUAAAAGACAAGUCCG